AGCUAGGGGCGCGCGUGGGCCGGCGUCUCAGCUCAGCUCAGUGCGCGCGUGCCUCUCCUUUGCCCUCGCUCUGCUGGUGGUCGAAGGCCAUGGGUGUGGGCACCGAGUCUGACAUGAAUUGUACUCUUCUUCGAACAGCGGACCAGAAGCUGUUGCUGCUGUUCAGAAAGGCGAACUGUAACAAUGGAAACGUUGGAAACAACCGUCUUGAAGCAAAAGCUGAAAGCAGCGAUGAAGUUAUAUCUUACCCCAAAGCGGAGCUCUGGCGCCACUGUUUAUUGCGAGGAGCCAAUCUGGGAUCGUUUGUGUCUAUUAUUUUCGGUACCCCUGUAUUGCUGUACAAGGGAGUCAGGCAGCCAAUCACACUGCUGCAAAGACUUUCGAGAAUAAGCACUUACGGAGUGGGGUGCGGAAUGCUUUUAGCUGCAGUCAUGACGGCUAACAUGACUUGGGGGAACACUGAGGAACAAAUAUUUGAUCGUUCUUAUAGGCUGAGAUACAAUAAGGGUCAAGUACUGAUGGAUCAGGUAUCCUAUGUUGGUGUGAUAGGAGGUGGACUUGCUGGUGGACUAUCUUCUCCAGCUAACUGGUGUAAAGGAGGUGUGCAAGGUGCGUGCCUUGGCCUAGGAUUGGCUGUCUUCACUCAGAUGCUGCUGAAGCCCUUGGUUGUUAGUAAAGACCUGUGACUGAUAAACCAUUUGAUUUGGGCUGUUGUUUGAAUCAUAAUUAAUGUGCAAACCCUCGGUGAACUGCGCAGGCGCGGUACCACUAAUUGAUGGGCUGGGCUUUUCAUUUACUCGCGGUAUCCCGGAUCCCGCUAGUAGCUCGCGGAG